AUGGCUGCAUCACCGUCUGUUCUCUCCCAGACUCUUCAAGCAAUUACAACCACAAAAAUCGACGAACUUGAGAAACAACGCCAAACAUACGAGAAGACUAAGGCAAAAAUUCUUGUAUCCGCUUGCGAUUCUCAUGGCAGCAUACAGGAGCGUAUUUCUCGUCUCCACGAUGGCGUCAAAGAGCUGGAGCUCUUGCCUCCAGGCCAGCUGGAGAAUAUUUCCCGUUGGGUCGAACAGUCUCGAUAUGACCCGACAGUCCCCGAAUCAAUGCUUAUUGACUUUGAAACCGAGUUGCGCUCCAGGCUCGACCGCCAAACCCGUAAACUUGACCUGGCUGAUCUAUAUUCACGCUUAUUGAUUGAGUGGAUAAAUACCUCUAGCCCCGCCGAACAUGGUUCUGAACUUGGCGAAGCCAUUGAUGACGAUUUCGAUGUCGUGGAAAAUAUCCAGAAGGAAAGGUUGCAACAACUCAGGGAAAGAUUUGAAAAAGUCGUAUUUGAACCACUGGUAACUGAUGAAAAGAAAAUAACCCAGUAUUUAGAAUCACUUUUUGACGGAGAUGACGGUGAAAAAGUUUUGAGUAACAUGCGAUCAGCGAUUAAAGAUCAUGGUGAGAUGUUGUUUUCUGAAAAACGCCCAGUUGGGAGAACAGAAUUGAAGAGCUGUAUUCAAUCUUUAUUAAAGAAUGACUUGUUGAAUGAUCAAAAAUUGGCAAGCCUAGGCGAGUUCCUUCACGAUGACACUGUCCUAGACGAGAUUGCAAAUGUACUCAACAUGAGAUACACCAACCUCAGUAACUGGUCCUGGAAUUUAGGCGGAAAAGGGAUGCCAGUUUUGCCUCGUCAAAGCUUGAAUGGGAAAUGGCGGGUUAUGAUGGAUGAGGAUGUGCUUCAGGCUUUACUCUCACAUUUUAUUGGUAAUAAAUGGUGUGUAUUUGUCAAGGAGACACUACAAACCGUCAUCCAGGAAACUGGUGUUUGGACCAAAGGCACCACGAUUCCAGACGGAGAUCAAGCUCUGCGGAGAUAUUACUUGGACGAGAGUGUUUCUUCUUGGGCAACCAAGCAUGCAGUGGAAAAGAGGCGACAUGAAAUUUACAACGAAAAUUUCUUUUUGGCCCCCAUGCCAAGCGGUGAGUUUGAAGAUGCCGUUGGUUACGAUGAUGCCGAUGAUAAUUCCAACGGUGAUGAUGAUCAGAGCAUGAACACCAAAAAUUCUGAUAAGCUUUCUCCUAAGGAGGUCAAACAGCUUCUGCUGAGAACUUUGGCAACUGAGGUUCUUAUCGGAAAAGUGAUCGACGGCGAAGUAGCCGUGAUACAAAGUGACUUUCAGUGGUUUGCUACUGGUCUGGCUCAUAGUACUGUCUUCGCAGUCUUACGUUUUGUUGGCUUCCCGGACGAAUGGAUCCGUUUCUUCAAGGGAUUCCUUGAGCCACCACUAGACAUGUUGACUGGUGGACCAGUCAGAACUCGGAAACGUGGCCUCCCUAUGGCACAUAUCUUUGAGAAACUGUUUGGGGAGCUGGUCCUAUUCUUUAUGGAUAUUGCUGUCAAUCGGCAAGCAAACAUGCUACUGUACCGGUUCCAUGACGAUCUAUGGCUUUGUGGGAAACCCACCAGUUGUGCAAAAGCAUGGAAAACUAUGCGGGGUUUUGCUGAUGUCAUGGGCCUCGAAUUCAACAAAAGUAAGACGGGGUCGGUUUACUUGGCCGAAUCCGGCCGCAUAAAAUGUCCUGAAGUUAUAAAAACUCUCCCUCAAGGACCUGUUACAGUCAACUUUUUGGUACUUGAUCCCGUAACUGGAGACUGGGUGAUUAACGAGGAUCACGUUAAACAACAUGUUACACAGUUACACAAGCAACUCAAAGCUGCAACCAGUGUACUACAAUGGGUAAAAACGUGGAAUAGCUGUAUUGGCCGAUUUUUCAGCUACACCUUUGGAGACCCCGCGAAUUGUUUUGGGCGCAAACAUUUGAAUGCGAUUCUUUCGACCCACCAAUUUAUUCAAAAAUUCCUGUUCGAUGGUCAGAAUGGUAACGGUAAUAGUGUCACGGAACACUUGAAAGCCAUGAUUUCCUCACGGUUUAAUGUAACUGAUAUUCCCGAUGCUUUUCUCUAUAUGCCUGAAGCGCUUGGUGGUCUUGGUCUUCAUAAUCCUUUUGUGCCUCUUCUCCUGGUGAGCCCAAAUAUCUGCGAAGAUCCAGAGCAGCUCAUUCGUGACUUCCUUCGGAAAGAGAAGAAAGCCUAUCGAGAAGCCAAACGUCAGUUUGAUAAUCUGUCAGAGCAUGAACGCCGUCGUCGAUUCCGCGAAGUAUUCCCCAAAGACGAAGAAACUGGCUUGCAUCUUUUUGCUCCAUCAAGCGAAAAUGCUAAAGUAUUCUUCUCUUUUGAGCAAUUUUCCCGCUGGCGGGAAUGUACCAGCCUCCCUUUCAGUAUAGUCUUCAGCAAGUUAAACCUUGCUGCACCCAUGGAAAAAAUGGCACUGUCUCAUAAAGUGCAACGGGAACUGAAAUCGCUUAGCUCGCACCCUUCCAACCUUAAAGAACUAAACCCAUCAAUCGUGGAUCCUGAGGUUGGGUGGCUGAUCGAGUUCUACUCAGCGGAGCUGGUGGCAAAGUGUGGAGGCCUGAGCAUCGUGGAUCGGUCGUUCUUACCACUUGGCGUGUUGAAGGCGAUGAGAAAGAAGAAAGUUGCAUGGCAAAUGGCUUUGUGA